UUUUGUCUUUGACAGAAUGUUGUUCCAGGUGUGCCUGUAUUUUUACUGUAAAUUUUUGUGGCGCUGCCUAAAAUUUGUAAUGAGGAAGCUGACUGGAAGAUGUGAAUUGCAACGGAUCUGUUACAAUACCAAGCCUGGGGCUUCUAGAACCAUGAAAAUCGAAACAUCACUGAGGGAUUCAAAAAGCAAGCUGCUGCAGACCUCAGUGAGUGUUCACCCUGACGCCAUUGAGAAAACUAUAGAGGACAUCAUGGAACUGAAGAAAAUUAACCCCGACAUAAAUCCACAGUUGGGAAUCUCUCUUCAGGCUUGCCUUCUGCAAAUUGUUGGCUACAGAAACCUUAUCGCAGAUGUGGAAAAACUGCGCAGAGAACCCUAUGAUUCUGAUAACCCCCAACAUGAAGAAAUGCUUUUGAAGUUAUGGAAAUUCUUGAAGCCCAAUACUCCAUUGGAAUCUCGGAUUUCUAAGCAGUGGUGUGAAAUUGGUUUCCAAGGUGAUGAUCCUAAAACAGAUUUUCGAGGAAUGGGACUUCUAGGCCUAUACAAUUUGCAGUAUUUUGCAGAAAGGGACGCUGCAGCAGCUCAGCAGGUCCUCUCUGACUCUCUUCAUCCAAAAUGCAGCAAAUUCAGCAAAGCAGAAUGGGAGAAGAAAAGGAUGGAUAAAGCAAUUGGGUACUCAUUUGCAAUUGUGGGCAUCAAUAUAACUGAUCUGGCAUAUAAUCUACUGGUGAGCGGAGCUCUAAAAACCCACUUCUACAACAUCGCCCCAGAAGCUCCAACACUGUCUCAUUUCCAGCAAACAUUCUGCUAUUUGAUGCAUGAGUUUCAUAAGUUUUGGAUUGAAGAGGACCCCAUGGACAUAAUGGAAUUCAAUCGUGUGCGGGAGAAAUUCCGCAAGCGGAUCAUAAGACAGCUGCAAAACCCAGACAUGGCGUUGUGCCCACACUUUGCUGCCUCAGAAGGUUUAAUCAACAUGUAGUCACCCACGCUGGUUUUAACGGAUACCCUAGAACACUGCCUCAUUGUCAUGUUAGAUCCCUGCUUAGGUCCCAGCUCACACACUGAAUGCACAGUGAUUGUAUGCAUGCCUUUUGGUACAGUAUUUUCAUCUCUUGGUCAUAAUUACCAGAUUCCCAGAUACCACUAUUCCUGGAGUAUCUGUCAUCCAGUGACUGUUCAUAUUGUGGCAUUAUGCAGUGUUACAUUUGCCUUGACACCCAGGUAUGGAGAGAGUUUUCUAUUUUUUUAGAUUGUUUUCCUCCCCCUCGUAAUUCAGCAUUGAAGAACUGUAUUUCUCUAGCUGUAUUUUGUAUGUAAGAGAUUUAGCUGAAUCUUGUUCUGUGAAAGCCUUUUAAUUUAUUGAUAUGUUUCAUGACUACUGCUGCUAGCUCUUCAGGCCAGGUUCACGCUUGGAUCUCACUCCACUAAAGUAUAUGACUUUCAAAUAAUACAGACAGACAGACACAUGAUAAGCCAAACCAUUCCUGCAAACACAGCCGCGCUUCAUGAAAAUGUAACGAGGCUUACAAGAAGCAGAUUUAGGUAGGUGCUGUUUUUGUUUGAAGAACCGCAAAAUUAUAUUGUAACUUCCCCCGGCUGCAACUGUGUCAUAGUCAUAUGGAUACAAAAUUAUUUUAUUCCCAUAAUUUUACUGGCUUGGAUGCCUAAAUAUGUUUAUGAUGCUUGGAGCCUCAGAAAAGAAGUAUGCAUACUUCAAAAGCUGCAAAAGGUUUUUCACUGCCUGCCUCUUGCUGAACUCAGAGUUACACCCUGGCACUGUUCUGAUCCAACUAUCUUUGCUUGGGGAACUGAGAGCUGACUGGUUUGUUUUCAAUGUCAAGAGGUUAUAUCAAAAAACAAUUUGCAAGAAAAUGUGUUGCAAGAGAGGGACCUAAGCUGUGUCCUUCUGUAAUAUUUCUUGAAAAUAAUGACCUUGUCUUGUAUCAGUGAAAAAAGUAAAUUGCUUGGAAGGGAAAAAACAUCAAAUCAUUCCAAAACUGCUAAAAAUCAUUUUAAACCAUGAUUUAGUUUGGAAUUAUGAUUGUAGUCUGUUGAAUAGUAUUUACCAUGGCAUUUCAUACCCAUGGUAUUUUAUACCUUCUAUCAAUUUUAGUAUUAUUAGACAUUUGUGUAAUCACUUGCUUAUUUAAAUGAAGUCUGAGUACUGCCUAACUGUCAGUUAUAUGAAUAAAUUACAUGUCAUUCUACUGUAA